AAAAAAAAUGUGUUUAUUUCCUGUUAUAGUAAACGGUUUGAAAAACAUUAGCGAUGGAGGCUGAUCCAAAUAACAGAACAUUGAUAAUUACAAGCACGACAGAUGGAAAUGUAUGCUUUUCCGAUGUGACAACUGUUGCUAAAAGAUGGAUGAUUGACUUCAGUUUUGUUAGUUUGUGUCAAUUCUUCAAAGAGGGCAAAUUUGAAGAAUUCAACCAAACGAUUUCGACGCUGGAAACGAUCAUUGAUGGUACCCCUCAUUUAAACACCGAACAGAGACAGAAAAGGCAGAUAUGUGGCUUCCUCGCACGGAUAAUGCACGGGAAACAUUUAGACGUGUCCUUCGACAGAGACGAGCGGUUGUCGCCUCUGAUGUCGGCUGUCGGUGUCUGGGCGUCUCAGGAAGAGACUGUGGCGGAUGACACUCUGUUCCAGCACAUCGCCAAUCUACUCUAUGUUCAGAGUGUUGCUGUGUGUCUGGAGAAAGGGAACUGCGUCUUGGCUUCAUCAGCUCUCAAAUGGCUCGAGGAGGAGUGUGAAAUCCCACAGAACUUGGGAAUCAAGCUGUCAUUGAUCGUGAGUAAGAGGGACACGUAUCACCCGUUCCUGCUCAGCUUCAGCUGGAACCGUCUGCUGGAGAACGUACAGACCUUCCUGGAUCGCUUCCUGGAGAAACACCCGUCGGACUUCCUGCUCCAGGCAGCCACUAAGGUGGUCAAGGCAGGCCAGGAGACAGGGGAGGAUUCUGAGACUCGGGAGGCGUCAUAUACUACCAGCCAAUCUUCUGAACACUCCAAAGUGAAUCAGGAGACCGGUGUUCUUAUGAGACCCAAGAAGAAGAAGCUGCUGUCAACAAGGAAUAUUCAUCCCUGGAAACCAGAGUCUGGCAAGAAGCCUGCACUCACUGUUAUGAGAAAAGGGGUGUCGACGAGGUUGACCUCCCGAAGAGCCUCGUCUGAGACGACCCUGAACACCACGACUCUUAGCAACACAACUCUGAACACCAAUACAACCAGGAAGACUCAUGGCAGGUGGCCGUGGGAUCUGGACUUGGCGCUGAAGGCGGGAGUGAAGCGUCACGGGGAGGGGAAAUGGUCGCGUAUCCUCCAGGAACACGACUUCCAGGGGCGCACGGGGGUUCAACUCAAAGACCGUUGGAGGGUCCUCAAGAAGGCGCAUAAAGUCAACUCCUCCUAAGGCCCGUGUCUCAAAUGGGAUCUUAUUCACUACGAAGUGCACUACUUUUGACCAGAGCCCUAUGAGACCUGAAUAGGGAAAAAAAGGGUGUGACCUUCGGGACUAAGUUUUUAAAAAUAUUUAUUUACCUUUAUUUAACCAGGCAAGUCAGUUAAGAACAAAUUCUUAUUUUCAAUGAUGGCCUAGGAACAGUGAGUUAAACUGCCUUGUUCAGGGGCAGAACGAUAGAUUUU